CGCGGGGGUCGGAGGACGCCUCGUGUCCUUCCGCCGAGGGCGCCUCAGCUGCAGGCGAGAGCGGCGCGUCGGGAGCCUGAGGCGGGAGACCUUCCACCGCGGCCCGCCCGGCCUCCUCCCGGCGCGGCGGGAUGUUCAAGAACACCUUCCAGAGCGGCUUCCUCUCCGUCCUCUACAGCAUCGGGAGCAAGCCGCUGCAGAUCUGGGACAAGAAGGUGCGGAAUGGUCACAUCAAAAGAAUCACAGAUAAUGAUAUUCAGUCGCUGGUGCUGGAGAUUGAAGGAACCAAUGUCAGUACCACAUACAUCACAUGUCCUGCUGAUCCAAAGAAGACACUAGGGAUCAAGCUACCCUUUCUGGUGAUGAUAAUCAAGAACCUGAAGAAAUACUUUACCUUUGAAGUGCAGGUUCUGGAUGACAAAAAUGUACGCCGGCGAUUCCGUGCCAGCAACUACCAGAGCACGACCCGUGUCAAACCAUUCAUUUGCACCAUGCCGAUGCGCCUGGAUGAUGGCUGGAACCAGAUUCAGUUCAACCUGUCCGACUUCACACGACGAGCGUAUGGGACUAACUACAUUGAGACCUUACGAGUCCAGAUCCACGCAAACUGUCGCAUUCGUAGAAUUUACUUCUCCGACAGACUCUACUCGGAAGAUGAGCUUCCUGCUGAAUUCAAGCUGUACAUUCCAGUUCAGAACAAGGCCAAGCAAUGACGACGCCUUAGGAAGCCCUCUGAGGGAUGCGCUGUGAAGAUGGGUGGAAGAAGGGUUUUAUAAUUAACAAAAUUUAGGUGUUGAUUUAUGUAGGAUAACUUUAUUUAAUAAAGGUUGGCAUCUGUAAUGCUGGGUCUGGACACCCCUGCCCAGGUCACUGUUCCAUUUAAGAAAUGACGCACCAUCAAGCUUGUGGUUUAAGAACAUCCACAAAGAGAACAUGAAUUGUGGGGCCCGAGUACCUGUAGAAGGCUUUGUUAGACCCAACUCUGGGACCCUUGUGCCCUUGCAGAUGCCAAUGGCUUUCCUUCUGUGCUCUUCACAUCCUGUUUUGAUGUAUGCUCCAAAUAUGUGGGGACGAUUCCCAUGCUGGAAGCUGCUAUUAAAUUUGAUUUGCUUUUUAA